AUGAUAGUUAACGAGUUCUUCCCCAGCUUCAUCCAGCGCGUCAACUCGGCUGUUCCGCAGGGCUACACCACGCCUCCCUUUCCUUCGCUCUACUGGCCGCUGCCUGCCGGCGUACACCCAUCUUUCUACCUCUAUCGCCCGGACGACGUCCUGCGCUUCACAGUAUACUGGAGCCUGCUUCUUGUCGGCGGCAUACACUUGGUUGUAGCACUAUGGGCGUGCGGAGUACAAUGGCGCAACUGGAAACUUAUAUGGAUUACCGUGCCCUUCUUUACCGUUGUCGGGGGCAUUGAAGCGCUGGUCUCGGGCGCGAUUGUCGGCGGACUUAUUGGGGGUGUUUACCAGGCUGGGUAUUUCGAAAUGUCUACCUGGAUACCCUUUGUAUGGGCUGUUAUCAACGCGCUGGUUCUCAUUCUGUCUUCCUUUGCUAUUUACGGCGGUCUCUGA